UCAGAUGUGCACGCCAAUCCAUGCUUCAACUAUGUGGGUAGCUCCAAUGGGGUCAUCAGCUCCAGUACAACCAAAAACAACUCCAUGUACGAUUGCACGUGGAUCAUUACAGCACCAUCUAACCACACCGUCAAAUUGACCUUUACCACAUUUAAUCUCUUUAAUUAUUCGACGAUAAUCAGGAGCGAGAUUAAAGUCUUUGAUGGAAGAAGUAAAUAUGACACCUUGCUGGGUAUUUUUAGUGGAUCAAGACGCCCAUUCAUCGUACAAACAAGUGGUCAAUUCAUGAUGUUAACCUUUAAAAGGUAUCAUGAACUCGGAUUUUUUAACUUCGAGGGAGUCUACUCUUCAACC